AUGGAGCCAAUUACUUCGACAUCAUCUUUCAUCCGUUUCAUCCAUCUAGUCCUUUUACUUCGCAAACUCUCCAAAACAAGAUCGGCUUAUCCAAAAUUGCCCCCAGGACCAAAGACUUUACCCAUCAUCGGAAACAUACACCAGUUGUCAGGUUCACAACCGCAUCGAGCUCUCACAGACCUAGCCAAGAAACAUGGACAGGUCAUGCACUUGCAGCGUGGUGAGGUAUCUACAGUUGUCAUCUCGAGUGCCCAAAUGGCCAAAGAGGCCCUGAAAACUCACGAUGUUGCUCUAGUAAACCGUCCCAGAAUUCUAGCGGCACAAACCAUCACCUAUAAUUUCCAGGACGUUUCAUUCUCUCCCUACGGGGGUUACUGGAGACAAAUGCGUAAAAUGUCACUGCCGGUUAACCUCACUGACUUGGUCUUUGCCCUCACCAAUGCGGUCACUUGUAGAUCAGCUUUCGGCUCCAGAUGCACGUACCAAGAUCAGUUGGUACAGCUCAUAAAUGAGAUAAUAGAGGUGUCCAGUGGUUUUGACAUUUCUGAUUUGGUCCCCUCAAAGAAAUUUCUCCAUAUCAUUAGCGGGACAGUUUUCAAGAUCAAAAAGCUUCAGUCCAAGCUCGACCCCAUAUUUGAAAGCAAAAUCCAGGAGCACAAAGAGGCAGAUUCAGGGGAGGACAUGUUCGCAGCAGGAACCGAUACGUCGGCAGCAACAGUUCUGUGGGCGGUGAUAAAAGAAACACUGAGGCUGCACCCACCAGUGCCCUUGCUACUUCCCAGAGAAUGCAGGGAGCCGUGUGAAACUGGGGGCUAUGACGUAUCAGUCGGAACGAGAGUCUUGAUCGAUGGUUGGGCGAUCAACAGGGAUCCUGAGUUUUGGGAGGAUCCUGAAAGUUUUAAGCCGGAGAGAUUUCUGGAUAAUGGAAUCGAGUUCGUGGGAUCCAACUUCGAGUAUCUACCAUUUGGAGGAGGAAGAAGGAUAUGCCCUGGAAUUGCAUUUGGGGUGGCCAGCGUGGAUCUUGCUCUGGCUCAACUGGUCUCCCACUUCGACUGGAAACUCCCCGGGGAGCAAAACCAGAAUCCCUCGACAUGA